CCAGGCCGAACGUGUCCCUAGGGGCUCCAGUAACUGACCCUGAGCUCCAAGGAGAAAUUUCUCAGCUCCCCACUUCUGCUUUUGAAGGCCAUAAAACAGCAAGGGCAAAGUGGCAGACGGCACAACUCUGUAAGGACAGCAGGCCGCUCCGGACUCGUCUCCACUGUCAGCUUUCUCCAGCAGCCAUGGCAGCAGUGCCUGAAUUCGGUCAGUGGGGAGACAGACCAAUAACUGGCAACAACAAUGACCUGUUCUUUCAAGCUGAUGGCCCCAAACAGACCAAGUGUUCCUUCCAAGACCUGAACCUCAGCUCUCUGGGCGACGGGGCCAUCCAGCUGCAAGUCUCCCAGCAGCUACACCACUCGAGCUUGAGGAAGGUCGUGUCGGUCAUGAUAGCCAUGGAGAAGCUGAGGAACGUGCCCAUUGUCUUCUCCCAGAGCCUCCAGGAUGACGACUUGAGGAGCCUCUUUUUCCUCAUCUUUGAAGAAGAACCUGUCAGCUGCAUGUGGGAUGACAGUUACGAGUGUGAUGCGCUGCAGUCGCUGAAGUGCAGGCUCCAGGACAUAAACCAGAAAUCGCUGGUGCUGUCUGAGCCGCACGAGCUUCAGGCUGUUCACCUCAACACACAGGAUAUGAACCAGCAAGCGGUGUUCUGCAUGAGCUUUCUGCCAGGAGAAAAACAUGACAAGACACCCGUAUGCUUGGGCAUCAAGGAAAAGAACCUGUACCUGUCUUGUGUGAUGAAGGGUGAGAAGCCCACCCUGCAGCUGGAGACAAUAGACCCCAAAGGUUUGUCGAAGAAGAUAGAAAUGCGGUUUGUCUUCAACAAGACGCACAACAAGAGCACGGUGGAAUUUGAGUCAGCCCUGUACCCCAACUGGUACAUUAGCACCUUUCAAGAGGGACAGAGACCCAUCUUCCUAGGGAAUCAAAAAGGCGGUCAGGAUAUAACUGACUUCAACCUGGAAGUCCUCUCUAACUAGAGACCUGGACCCGGAGCGCCCACAUGCUAAGUAACCUGAGGGCUGCAGAAGGAGCAAAAGGGUUUGCACGCGGUGCCGGCCUGGUUAAUGCCCAGCUGCCUUCCCUCCACUGAAGCUCAGGACCCCACCAGCAGGAGGGGCGGCCCAUCCUCCAGGGCCGGUCCUCAGAGCCUGGCCGAGCCGGUGCCUCUCACCUGCCACACACGAGGCCGGCCUAGCAGGAGCCACCACACAUUCAGCCCAAAGAAACCCUGUGUCCUCUGCACCCAGCACCUGAUGAGUAAGCACUUAACUCUCUAUUUAUUUAUUUAUUGGUGGGUUCCUCUACUUAAUUUAGAAGCAGCAGUACCUGUGAAAGAAAGAGCCCUGUCUUCAACACCUAAGGAACCAAUUUAAUUUGGACAAGUGUGCUGGCUUUAUAUGAAGUCCUUUCACCAGGCUGUAAACAAAAAAGCUCAGAUUAUUUUAACAGGAAUAUUUGUGAAUGAGGAAAUAUGAUCACACUGCUUGAAUGAUUUUGAAAUAAAUUUCACUGAAAACAA